AUGGCCGGAUCAGCAGCUAGUUCUUGCACGGGGAUCCCUAUUUGUGGAGGGCAAUUUAUUACGUGUUUGGCACGCUCAUAUCAUUUGCUUGUCCCUGAUAUUACUCGUUCUGUGACUUGUGUGGAUGAGCAUGAUCUUGGCAUGGGGUAUUUGGAGACUAUGCGGGUUGUCAGAAACUUUGGGUCGCAUUGGGGGAUAGUACCUUUCGAUGAUGAGGGUAAUGAGGGUAAUGAGCAGCCUGAUACACAACCAGAGCAACAACCACAGCCAUGUCCAAGGCGCAGAAACGUGAUAGGAACAGGAGAAAGGGGUCAACCAAUGCAUCCACCCGCACCUAUGGUAGGAUCCCAAAUUGGGGAUGAUAUGGCGGGGUAUUUUGACCAGUUAUCAUUCAGCGUCAACUGGAUUGGGGGUACUACGGAGAACAUGGUUCAGUUUUUCCAUGUGGAGUAG